AUGAAGACUGAUUUCAAGUUCUCCAACCUGCUCGGUACCGUGUACAGGCGAGGAAACCUCUGCUUCAGCCCAGAUGGCACCUGCCUGCUGUCGCCCGUCGGCAACCGCGUUACUGUCUUUGACCUUGUCAACAACAAAUCGCAUACCCUUCCCUUCGCUCAUCGCCGCAACAUUUCCCGUCUCGCCUUGAACCCCAAAGGCAACCUUUUGCUCACCGUCGACGAGGACGGACAGGCCAUUCUCACCCACCUCCACCGUCGCGUAUCACUAUACCACUUCUCCUUCAAGGGUCCCGUCUCGUCGCUUGUCUUCUCGCCCUCCGGUCAACAUUUCGCAGUCGCCCUUGGCCGCAAGAUCGAAACAUGGAGGACGCCUUCCACUCCCUCGGACACCCAGGAUGGCUCGCUCGAGUUCGCCCCCUUCGUGAAGCACAGAGAAUACGCCGGUCAUUACGAUACAGUACAGAGCAUCGAGUGGUCAAGCGAUUCGCGUUUCUUCCUUACUGCUUCCAAGGACUUGACCGCACGCAUCUGGAGUCUGGAUCCCGAAGCUGGCUUCGAGCCUACAACUCUGGGUGGUCACAGACAGGGUGUUCACGGCGCAUGGUUCUCGGCUGACCAAGAGACGAUUUGGACUGUAUCAAAAGAUGGUGCUCUUUUCCAGUGGCAAUACCUACCGCCCCGCAACGCCCCUGAGGAUGAGAUGGACAUCGAGGAAAACUUCCGCUGGAGGAUCGCUGAGAGACACUACUUCAUGCAGAACGGCGCCACUUUAACUUGCGCUUCGUUCCACCCGGAGUCGAAUCUUUUGGUCGCAGGUUUCUCAAACGGUACCUUUGGCCUUUACGAGCUGCCCGACUUCAACCAGAUCCACAACCUUAGUAUCUCCCAGAACGACGUCGAUUUCGUCACAAUCAACAAGACUGGUGAAUGGCUUGCAUUUGGUGCUUCCCAACUUGGUCAGCUUCUGGUGUGGGAGUGGCAGUCAGAAUCAUACAUUUUGAAGCAGCAAGGACAUUUCGAUUCGCUCAACAACCUUACAUAUUCGCCCUCUGGAGAUCGCAUCAUCACAUGCGCUGAUGAUGGCAAGAUUAAGGUCUGGGAUGUCGCCUCUGGAUUCUGUAUCGUCACAUUCACCGAACACACAUCAGGAGUCACGGCAUGCGAGUUCGCAAAACGAGGUAAUGUUCUAUUUACAGCUUCUUUGGAUGGCUCAAUACGCGCAUGGGAUCUGAUAAGAUACCGAAACUUCCGCACCUUUACUGCUCCCGAACGUCUUUCCUUCUCUUCUAUCGCGGUCGAUCCUUCAGGCGAGGUUGUGGCUGCUGGUUCUCUCGACAGCUUUGAUAUUCACAUCUGGAGUGUUCAAACUGGUCAAUUGCUUGACAAGCUCUCUGGUCACGAAGGCCCUGUCUCGACAUUAGCAUUUGCCCCCAAUGGAGGUGCCCUUGUGUCAGGCUCUUGGGAUCACACCGUUCGCAUCUGGUCAAUUUUCGCUCGCACUCAGACCAGCGAACCUCUCCAACUACAAGCAGAUGUCCUUUGUGUCACAGUGCGACCAGACUCGAAACAGAUUGCCGUUAGCACACUGGAUGGACAAUUGACUUUCUGGUCUCUUUCAGAAGGAACACAAGAAGCUGGCUUCGAUGGCCGCCGUGAUGUCUCUGGUGGACGUAAGCUCACAGACCGUCAGACUGCUGCCAAUGCUGCAGGCACAAAGUCGUUCAACAGUAUCAGCUACUCAGCAGAUGGUAGCGUGGUUGUCGCAUCAGGCAACAGCAAGUACAUCUGCCUAUACGAUGUCAUGUCAGGCGUCCUGCUACACAAGUACACCGUCAGCGUAAACCUUUCUCUCGAGGGCACGCAAGAGUUCCUCAAUUCCAAGAACCUGACCGAGGGCGGUCCAGCAGGCAUGAUCGACACCACAGGCGAAAACUCAGACCUCGAAGAUCGCAUGGACAACUCGCUACCUGGUGCUAAACGAGGAGAUGCAGCCAACCGUCGCAUCGGUCCCGAAGUCCGCGUGCCAGGUGUAAACUUCGCACCCACCGGCCGCUCCUUCUGCGCCGCCAGCACCGAAGGCCUGCUCGUCUACUCCCUAGACACCACAAUCGCCUUUGACCCCUUCGAUCUCGAUCUAGACAUUACUCCCCAAUCCACCCUCAAAACCCUCGCCAACAAGCAAUACCUCAAAGCACUGGUCAUGGCUUUCCGCCUCAACAACCCUAAGCUCGUCAUUCGCGUCCAACGCUCCGUGCCCGCUGCCGAUAUUCCCCUUGUCGUCUCUGACCUCCCUAUCGUAUACCUCCCCCGUCUUCUCCGCCAUAUCGCCGUCCAAAGCGAUGCCUCUCCCCUGCUAGAACUCAACCUUCUCUGGUUGCAAGCACUGCUCAAGUCCCACGGUGCCACACUCAAGAAGAACCAAGGCGAGUACGCUGAGGUCACUCGUCUUGUCCAACGCGCUGUUUCUCGCAUCCAAAAGGAAAUCUUUUCAGUGGCGGAAAACAAUGAGUUCAUGGUUGAGUAUUUGCUUGCACAGCCUGUGCGUAAGCAACAAGAUGGCAUGAAGUUAUUGCAGAGUGUGGAUGGCGGUGCUGUCAAGGAGGUCGAGAUGGCCGAUGAUGACGAGGACGAGGAUGGCGAGGAAGGCUGGAUCGGUCUCGAAGAUUAG